AUGACGGCCGCGUCGAACCCCGUUCCCGACGUCCCCCCUGCCGAAGCGGAUCAUAAGCCGUCCGCCGCGGCUGCGUCGUCGAGGACGACAUCGGCAGUGUCAACUCGCCAAUCCAACAUCAUCGUCUCUCGCCCGGUGCCCGGCAAGCACACCACGUUCCCCCCGCUGCCCAGACCCGACGACGGACCAGAUGUGUCUCCCGCCCCGGCAUCCGGCAUGUACUGGUCGAAGGCGCCGGUGUCCGGAUCACCGCAUUCGAACCUGCGGGCUCACACGACGACGCUCAUCGGCUCCAACGUGUACGUGUUCGGCGGCUGCGACGCAAAGACGUGCUUCAACGCCAUGUACGUGCUCGACGCCGACUCCUUCUACUGGUCGGUGCCGCACAUGGUGGGCGACAUUCCGAUGCCCCUGCGGGCCAUGACGUGCACGGCGGUGGGCAAGAAGCUCGUGGUGUUUGGGGGCGGCGACGGCCCCGCGUACUACAACGACGUGUACGUGCUGGACACGGUCAACUUCCGGUGGUCCAAGCCUCGCAUCGUGGGCGACAAGCUGCCGUCGAAGCGCCGCGCGCACACGGCGUGCCUGUACAAGAACGGCAUCUACGUCUUUGGCGGCGGCGACGGCGUGCGGGCCCUCAACGACAUCUGGCGGCUCGACGUCAGCGACACGAGCAAGAUGUCGUGGCGGCUCAUCUCGAGCGCCGACAAGCCGGCGCAGGGGGGAGCGCGGGAGCGGCGGCCCAAGGCCCGCGGCUACCACACGGCCAACAUGGUCGGCAGCAAGCUCAUCAUCUUUGGCGGCUCCGACGGCGGCGAGUGCUUCGACGACGUGUGGAUCUACGACGUGGAGCGGCACAUCUGGAAGCUGGUCAACAUCCCGAUGACGUUCCGGCGGCUCUCGCACACGGCCACCAUCGUCGGCUCGUACCUGUUCGUCAUCGGCGGGCACGACGGCCACGAGUACUGCAACGACGUGCUGCUGCUCAACCUGGUGACCAUGACGUGGGACCGGCGCAAGGUGUACGGCAUGCCGCCCAGCGGGCGCGGGUACCACGGCACGGUGCUCUACGACAGCCGGCUGCUCGUCGUCGGGGGCUUUGACGGCAGCGACGUCUUUGGGGACGUGAUGGUUCUGGAGCUGGCGGUGCAUGCGUAUUACUCGCAGAUUAGCCAUUUCACGAUUGACGUAUGA